CGUAACUUUAGUUCUCAGAAUAAUUAACUUUAAUCGCUUCUUUCACAUGUCAAAAAACAACAUCUCUUCUCAUACUCCCAUCUCAACCUAUCCUACAACAAUAGUCCCGCUUUUCUUCCUGGUACCUGACUACUCAGUACUUAUCUCAAUCGACACCAUGACAUCACAUGCAAAACAUAUCGUCUCACAUUCCUCAACUCUUCCACAACCUUCCGAAACAACUCUUCCUACACAAACACAGUCCUUCCUAUACAGCCGUCUUCAAGCUGAUCCUAUCAUCCCAUUGAGUUCAGGAUGGGCCUAUUCAAACUCCUUCAGCACCUAAUCACAAGUCCUAUUCUUUUCUUCUACCAGGUCAUACAAUGGUUCCUGGACAAGCUAUUGUCUCCAGCCCCGCCACCCCCUAAUCCAAACCUCGUCCGUCCGAAGAUUGCCGUUAUUGGAGCAGGCAUCACAGGCGUCUCUGCUGCAUCACACAUAGUCGGACAUGGAUUCGACUGUAGAAUCUUUGAAGCUGGUCCUAAGAAGAACCUUGGGGGCAUUUGGAGUAAAGUUAACAACACCUCGGGCCUUCAGAUCCACAGUCUAAUGUACCGUUUUCAUCCUUCGGUCAAGUGGGACAAGGGUUACCCCGAUCGCAAACAAAUCGUAUCCCAGGUCACCGAGCUGUGGAAGCGGUACGGAUUGGAAGACAAGACGAGCUUCAACACCCCCGUGGAGAAGGUCUAUCGCGACCCACACGGCCGCUGGGUCAUCAACGACACCUCGAAUGGACGCUUCGACGGCGUCAUUGCAGCAAUAGGAACCUGCGGUGACCCCAAAAUGCCGAAACUUCCAGGUCAAGAGCACUUCAAAGGGGAGAUCCAUCACUCUUCUCAGCUCGACGGCGUAUCUGCGAAGGGCAAAAAGGUUGUUGUCAUCGGAGGAGGAGCGUCAGCCGUCGAGGCACUGGAGUUCGUCGCCAGAGAGGAAGCCGAGCAUACCAACGUUCUCGCUCGCUCUGAGAAAUGGAUCAUCCCGCGAAACCCAUUCAUCGACGUGUUACUUGCAUUGAACAUCUUCGGCUCUGAAACCAUCUUCUCGUGGAUCCCCGAAAACAUCCUCCGACUGUUCUUCUACCGCGAUCUCUACGACAUCAGUCCUCCCAGGAACAGCGGCAAGGGUAUUUUCACUGAGACUCCCAUGGUCAAUGACAACGUACUCGACCUCGUCCGCACGGGCAAGGCAUCGUGGCUGAGGGGCGACACCCUCGGAUACGACAAGUCCGGCAAGGGGGUCCGAUUCAACAAGCGCGCCCAGGGCGUACCCAAGAACGGCCCUGGGGAAGAGCAGUCCAUCGAGGCAGACAUGGUGAUCAUGGCCACGGGGUACGAGCGGCCGAGCCUGAAGUUCCUCCCGGACGAAGUGUUCGAGGAGCCCUACGACCCGCCGAACUGGUAUCUGCAAGUGUUCCCGCCCGACCACCCGGAGAUCUGCUGCAACAACUGCACGUACGUCAACGCCAUCGGGACCGUCGGAAACUACCACAUCGGCAUCUACACGCGCUUCCUGCUGAUGUAUCUUGUGGACCCGCUGGCGCGGCCGCGAACCCGGUUGAUGAAGCUGUGGAUCGACAUGACGCGAUGGAUCAAGUCCAAGGCGCCCGGCGGAGCCUUCGACUUCUUCACCUAUUCUGAGCUGAUCUACUGGUUUGUCUUCACGAUCGCGAUCAAUCCGUUCCGAUGGAAGUGGGCGCCUUUUGUGCUGUUCGGCAUCGGCAAAGAUCUACCACUGAAGGUGGUGCAGCGCGAAGAUCAGGUGCGAGAUGGAAUGGGAGUGGAGAAGACCAAGACUCGGAUUGCAGGUCAUCAAGACGAGGGUCUUUGGAUGGCCAAUGGACGACGGAGGGGAAAGAAGUGAGGGAUCUAGCGGUUUAGGCAAGGUAGAAACGGGAUAGCUUCGUCGUUAGAAGGAAUCGUCAUCAUUAUUGUUCGAAAGACAUAGACGAAUCAUUUACUGUAGAUGGCCUUUACUGUAGAUGGCAACCAUACUAAGGAUUUCUCAUACACAAUAUCAGUCGAUUAGACAUCCAAGUC